AUGCCACAGGCUCCGAGGAUUCUGGGAGUGAAGCGACAUGUCUUUGCUGUCCACACAGCGCCAUGGUACAAGAGCUUGUCACAGGGUGACCAAAACAAAUACAAAGCUGAGCAAAUACAAGUCUCUGGUAUUCCAAAGUCUGGCGGACCUUGUCAGCGCUGUGUUGUACGCGGAUUACCAUGUCGGGUGUUAAACCCAAAUUCGAAAAUUGCAGAGUUCACUCGACCGAGCAGAUGCGCACUUUGCAUCAUUGACGAGAGCACGGCCGAAAACAUCAGCAGAAGUUGUACAUUCAACUAUGAUGAGAUAACACAUGCCGAGCACGAGGCAAGCCUUCCGAUUUUUACAGGAAAUGUUCCUCUGCUCUGGGGCCUUUUUGGCCUGGAGAAGCCCACACCAGCUCCGUUAAAAUGUACCGACAACAAAUCUUCUACGUUUAUUCCAUCACCACUGGAGAACGAAGUAGUCAUACAGUAUCCGCUUGAAUCUGCAGAAGUACAAGAACGCCUUGACGCGAUUGAUCGCUUUGUCGAUUACACUUUAGUUAGGCCCGCUAAUGAGAAUAUUAUACGGGAUGAUUGUCUUCCACUUUCUGGAUCUAACAUUGCCCAGAUAAAUGAUCACGACCGGAACAAUAGGAAAAGUAUAACAACCGCUUCACUCCUUGUGAACUCGUUACGAAUCAUGAAUCCAAGUGAACAUUCCCGACUACUUCCAAUCUUCAAGCCUGGAAAAAAUUGA